UUGAUUAAAGUGAUCGCAAAUCGUAAUUAAUUUUUUACUUUGCCGGGAAAAUGCUUUUGGGUGUGAUUUAAAAUGAUUUAAAAAUAUUUGCGCAUUUAAUAUCGCAAUCAAUAACGAAAUCAAGAAUUAAAAGCAGUGUAGUUGUUGUUGGUGCAUUUAGUGGAGUGCUAUGUGAUUCUAAAUAAAUUCAUAAAAUGCGAAAAUAAAUUCGGAAAAUAUCAAUUUUAAUACGUAAACAAUUUUUAAUUUAAACAAUACGUGAAAAUUUUAACCGAACUCAAGAAAAUAAAUGUGAACAAAUUGGACAAUUGGCACCGAAAAAGAAUUAAAUAAUAUAAACAACAACACACAUUUCACGCGACUUAUUUUGUAUCACUUUCUAGUUGUUUGUGUAACACUUUACGAUGCCCGUUCAGAGGGACAUGCAAAUUAAUGACGCAAAACAAGACACAUCCGCUAAGCAUUCGAGGAAAAAUAGCCGUUCGAAAACCAAGUCGAAAAAGUCUCUUAAAUUGCAUAGCGAAAAUAUGCAAGGCUAUAGACCUUACAAUAUGGACGCGCACCAUGCGUCACAUCAUCACGACAAUGCAGAUCAAAAGCCGUUAGUAGUGGAUUUAAUUGCCACGCAGUACGCGAAAUCAUCGACUCCGCCACCAUCACCAAAUGAAUGCCACUCCAGCCCCGAUACGUCACUGAGCAAUAGUCGCACGAGUAGUGGCGAAAUUCCAACAGAUCCUUCGGUACGACGAUACCGCACCGCUUUCACACGCGAUCAACUUACGCGUCUUGAAAAGGAAUUCUUUAAAGAGAAUUAUGUCUCCCGUCCACGUCGUUGCGAACUGGCCUCACUGCUUAACCUGCCCGAGUCAACAAUCAAAGUUUGGUUUCAAAAUCGACGCAUGAAAGACAAGCGCCAACGCAUUGCCGUCGCAUGGCCCUACGCCGCCGUCUACUCUGAUCCCGCAUUCGCCGCCUCGCUACUACAAGCCGCCGCCAACAGUGUAGGCAUAACCUAUCCGACCUAUCCCCCGCCAGGUGCGAAUCCCAUGCUAGCCGCAUCUGUUAUGCCAAUGGCAAGUCAUUACGCGCCCUACCGCUAUAACCCCUAUCAAUUGCCCGUGCGUCCCGUGCCGCCACCAAUGCAACCACAUCACCAUGGCAUACCAGCACACACGUCCGCUCCAGGAGUUGCUGCCGUUAUGCAUAAUGCUCCGUUGGCUGCAGCCACUGCCGCUGGAUAUCCUAGCAUGUUGAACGCUGCCAUGGCGCCACAUCAGAGCUAUGCGCCAUUGGUGGCCAUACCUUCGAAGCAACACACACCGCCAUUCGAUCUGCAAUCGUCCGCUUCGCCACACUCCUCUACGCUUUCGCUGAGUCCCGACGGCUCGGACCACACCAAAGUGUUUGAUCGCUCGCCACCAGCCACCGUCGCAAUUCCAGCAACCAGCGGCAGCAGUGGUGCUGAAUUUAUCGGCGUAGCACUUGAGAGCAACACCAGGACGGCUAACACUUUGUACCGCAGCGAAAGCGCCAUGACAACGCCAACGCUGCCCACCAGCAGCAUCAAUGAAAUGAAUCACCACCGCAGCCCCACACAGUCGGUUGGUCUUUUGAUGACCAGCAAUAAUAAUAGUCUCAAACGUUCUGCAAGUUCGCUCUCGCCCACGCAAACCAUUAUCACAGAGCCUAAACCAAAAUUAUUCAAGCCCUACAAAACGGAAACUUAAACUAAGUUCGAGGGAUGGAGGAUGUUUGUGCUCACAUAAUUUAGACACUUUAACUUUAAACAAUAUGCGCAAUAGUUCUCAUGCUAAAUUUCAUUUUGUUAUUUUGAAAAACAAAAACAAUUCACUGUACAGCAAAAACCUCGUAAGGCAAAGUUCCGUAGUUUAUACAAAAUUUAUAAAAAUUUAACAAAUUUCCAAAAUUUGCCAAAAGAUAAAGUGACUUAAUUAUGUGACCACAAGUGUAUAGAAAACUCGAAGGAUGGUGGGUAGCUGGAGGCUAAAAGCCAACCAUCUGAGAAAGCAUAAAAAGUGCUGUGAUAUUAUACGUAUGUUUUAUGUAGCCGAAUUGUGAAGUUGUGUGUAAAGAUUAAUUCUGGCGCAUUAAGUGUUAUUAGUGUUUUAAUUGAGCCACACAAUUUAGUGAACUAGUAAUUUAUUUAUGAGAAGAAAUUUAAAUAAAAUAAUGAGUUAUGGAAAAAAAUUAAAAGCAGAAAAAUUCAAACUAUUAUUUAUGGCGGCACAGAAAGCGACAAACAAAAUUAAACCAAGUAACUGUGGAAGGCUAAAUUCGGUGCGAAGCGAACUUUAUAAGCCCGCGCACAUGGUAAAGAUAAUUAAUUUGGGCCAGAAACCCCAUGGAAAAUGGCUGUUAUAUCUUCUAAGAUCAGGCAGACGAAUGGUGAUUUAUAGGCUUGACAAAAUGGGCAAACAUAUGAGCGCGAAAUAGAUUAACUGAAUUUGAAUCGAAGGCGCCGUACAUCGAGUAACACGUAACAAAUAAUCUAUUUUGCUCACAGCCAAUUUCGUUGCCGUAACGGACGCAACGGACACAUUGUGAUAGGCCUAUUAAUGUUAACAUGUAAAAAGCGGGCGUGGUUUUUAUUUGAACUCACUAAUAUUUCAGUUGGGCUUCAAUGAGGUCGAGAGUAAAUGUGGCACCACCCAUUUUCCAUAAUUUUACUAGUGUUGAGUUUUUUUCUUAGGUUCGUUGUUUGUGCUAAUUUGUGUGUAAUUUUGUUUAAAAGGAAGUAUACGGUUUUUUUCUUUUUUGAAAAUUACUGUUAUAUGGAAUGUUAAACUACAUAUUUUGAGCAAAGAGUAAAGCGUGC